ACACGGCGCUACCGGCUCGGCCGUCAUGACAGUGUGUACUUCCGGUGGCGUGGCGCGCACCACCACCGGCACGUCGACAGGUAGCAUUACCACGACCGCCACCGGCACGGUGCAGACGAACAACAAGCGGUGCCUCGCAUUCUCCGUCGAGAAUAUCCUCGAUCCGAACAAGUUUACCGGUGGCCGCGUCGUCCAUAAUCGUGUGCAGCAUCGCCGACAUCGGCGCGCCGGCAGCGUGCACGAAGACGGCGACUCGCGGGGCGAGUUCGCCUGCGGCAGUGGCCAGGAAGAUGAGGAAGGUACACCGGACACCAUCAUGGAGGAAAUGGAGGAAGACGCCGAAGAGGAAGAAGAGGAUGAUGAGAUUGAAAUGCGAGUCGUGGAUCAGGACUCUGGCAGCGGCGGACGGGAAAAUACAACCGGCGGCGGUGUCAACACGGCCACGUCGAACUGCAAAAAGCGACAAUCCUCGUCGUCAUCGUCUACAUCGUCGAGCGGCGUUCAGGUACAAAAUUGUCAAGGUCAAGGUCAAAACGGACAGAAUGGCACCGGCGGCGGCGGAAACGGCAGUGGUGGUGGCGGCGGUGGUGGCGGAGGUGGCGGAAGUAAUAGUAAUACCAGCGGCAAACCCAGAAGAGCGCGGACAGCCUUCACAUAUGAACAGCUGGUCAGGCUAGAGAACAAGUUCAAGACGACCAGAUACCUGUCUGUAUGCGAGCGUCUGAAUCUGGCGCUCGAACUGCAGCUGACUGAGACCCAGGUGAAGAUCUGGUUUCAGAAUCGGCGGACCAAGUGGAAGAAGCAGAACCCGGGCCUAGACGUGAACAGUCCUACCGUGCCGACGACGCCACCGCAUCCGUCGCCGUACGCGCCCGCCUUCCUCUUCGCCGCGCAUCCUCACCAGCACCCAUUACCACACUCGCAUACGCACCCACACCCGCAUGCCCAUGUACACCACCCGCCGGUGCCGCCGCCGCCGCCUGGGUACUACCACCCAGCGGCCCCACCUUACCCGCCGACCGGACCGACCUUCUUCGGCCAUCAUCUGUCGGCGACUCCUGCUGCGACUGCGUCAGGACCACCGACCUCUACGCCUUCCUCCACCGGCCUGGCUCUCUCGUCUCAUCCGCAUCCGCACACGCAUCCGCACGCGUAGCGAAAUCGGCGAUGAUAUCCCGCAUCAACAUUCUCGCCUUCGUAGUCCUCGGCAAGGAAGCGGUGGACUUGUGUGAGUACUUCCGGUCGUGGCAAGAAAAGUACCAAGAUAAAAAUGAACGCAAAUUACGUGCGUUCCAUAUAUAGAAAAAAAAAUUCGUAGACUCUUAUUAGUAUUGUCCGAAUGCGUUUGCCGGUAAUUCGUCAUUUUCCUUGAUGAUCAUUCCUUCUAGUCAUUGCAAACGUUUUUUUUUGUUUUUUUUUUUUUGUUUAAUAAAUAGUAUGCAUCCUUGUCGCUAUACGCAGCAAUGAAAUUUUGACCAUUUUGAAAAUAGCACAAGUUCAUAAUUUUUGUAGAAAUGGCUAAUAGGAUAUAUUAUAUGCAUUACGAUACGAAGAUAAAAAAUUAAUUUCUCUAGAUGUUAUUUCGUAUGAAAGUAACAUUUAUAAUUAAAAAAUAACGUUUGGAGUUUGUUAUCAUUUCAACAAUUUUAACUCCUGAACUUGUGUUGUUUUCAAAAGGCAGAUACUAUGGAACAAUAUUUUAACGUCGGGACGUAAUUUUUGUUCGAUAUACAUAUAUACGUUUAAAAAGAAAAAUGUUGGAACCUAAUUAAGUAUUGAAUUGGACGAUAGGUGUAAUGUUUUCGUUUGUUGGAUCAGGGCGCGUAAGCGGCCCCAAUGUUAUAUUUUGCCUUCCCGUUGCGCACGUGGAACGACUCGAUAGCAUAAUCGGUUUACGUAGGGUGACGUUCAAAAAACGAGCGUAUCAUUGCGGCGCGACACCGGCCAAACAUUUAAAUUCCAUGCGUAUUUUCCUCCAAACGUCGAGCUUUGGACUAAUGGUGAGGAGAACGGCGUCUUUUUAAAAGUACGCAUUCAUUUCUCGAUAGAUAAUCUGACAUUUGACAAAAAAAAGUGGAAUGGUAGAAAGCAGAACUUCAUUAAAAAGUUUUGAUUAUCUUCACUUCUCCAAUUUGCACUCAUCGCUUCUCACUUGCGAGUUCUGCGUCGUAAAAAUUAAACAGAGUCGUAAAUUAUCGUCCGGAACUGGCGCGAGUUAUUUUUCAUCCAA